AUGGCUGUGGCCCACCUGCUGGUCAGGACCCCCUCUUGCCAAAUGCUAGAAGGUCCUCCGCUCAUCUCCCCAGCGGCCGACUGCCGCCAAGCUGCCGCCUGUUCUGUUUCCACACCCUUGCGCACUGUGUUCUGCCCGUCACCCUGGAUGGCUGCCCAGCAGCUGCAGCUGAGGCCAUCGUGCCAGCACCUUCCCCAGCCCGCUGGGUGGUCCCGUCUGGUCCUGGCCCUCCCAGCCUGCCUCACCUGCCAUGUACCGAGUCACAUCUGA